AUGAGCAGUGCGCGUGAUAUUCAGAAUUUUGCCUGCGACGAAUGCAGAGCCAGAAAGUCCAAAUGCUCCAAACAAAAACCAACAUGCGAUCAAUGCUUCAAACUCGGGAAGGAGUGUUUAUACAGUCCCAAAGUUGUCCGGAGUCCGUUGACACGGCAACAUUUAACAUACGUGGAAGACCGCCUCACAGCGUACGAAAAUGCCCUGAGCAAGUUAUUCCCCGGCGGGGACUUGGAUAGCGUAGUUUCCUCCCUGCUCCAGGAUCAGGAUCCACGCUCGAGAACAUCAAUGUCUCCAGCUGCAUCUUCCAAGGAGUCGCCACAUCCUCGAACCGAAAGCAGACAUUCACAGCCCGCGGCCGAAGCGGUUCCCCAACAAGCAGAUGGCUUCGAAUGGGCGGAGCGGGAGAUCUCGCUGGGAGAUUUGGCCGACGGUAUGGCUGCAUUGUCGAUCCGACCUGAAGGGGCUGGCUACUUUGGAGCCUCGUCGAGUGUCGUCCCGCUACGAGCUCUCACGGAACACGGCUUUGACUUGAAUAUUCCUUCGCGAGGUGAAAACGGUCUUCGUAGAGCUGCGCCGCUCAAAUCGCAGCUUAUUAGCUCUGCUCCAUCGGGCCUGGUGGAGCAGGCAUUUAUUGACGCCUAUUUUAUGAAUUACCACAGCAGUUAUCCGUUUGUUCACGAAAGUACCUUUAGAGCUCAAUAUCAUGAGCAAAUCCCACGACCACAUGGACAGGCAUGGCAGAUUUUGCUAAACACGAUCUUAGCUCUGGGAGCUUGGAGUAUCGGUGACGAUAAUUCUGAUUUGGACGUUUCGUUUUACCAGGAAGCUAGAGGUUAUUUGCAACAAGCAUCGGUGUUUGAGAUGGGGAACCUCACUCUUGUACAAGGCCUGGUCCUUCUCAGCAACUACGCGCAAAAACGCGACAAGCCAAACACAGGCUGGAAUUACCUUGGUCUGGCUGUUCGCAUGUCGAUGAGUCUAGGAAUACACAAGGAAUUCCCAGGCUGGAAAAUCAGUCUGCUACAACGAGAAAUCCGGCGACGGCUGUGGUGGGGCGUUUUCAUGUUUGACAGCGGCGCAGCUAAAACGUUUGGGCGACCGAUUUUGCUCCCAGAAGAGGCCAUCAUGGAUGCCAGGCAGGUUCUGAAUAUCCACGAUGAGUCUCUUACACCUGCAACAACAACUCUGCCGCCCGAGUCUCCCGGCCCAACACAAUAUACCGGUCUCAUCGCGCAGGCCAAAUUCCAUUUGAAGACAAAUCACGUCUAUCACCGACUCAUCUCCAGCCCGAGUAUCACGGCCGAAGAAACCAAAGAGCUGCACAAGCCCAUGGAGGAAUGGUACAACGAGCUUCCCAUCUAUCUGAAAAGUAGCUCGCCUAAUGAAUCUGACUGGCUGGCGCUGGUGCGCAACCGACUCAUGUGGCGAGAUUGGAAUAUGCGCAUGCUGAUAUAUCGGCCGAUUGUUCUGCGCUGGGCUUCUGAACAUUGGUCGUCUGCCGACUCUAUCGGCGAUCAAGAAGAUCCGGCAGAGCGAGAAUGUAGAAUCAUGUGCUUGCAAUAUGCGCGUACAAGUAUCAUAUCCAUAUCCGAGUUUAUGGAACGGCACAUGUGCACGAGACUCGGAGCAUGGUACAUGUUGUACUUUCUUUUCCAGGCGGCUCUCAUCCCGAUCGUCUUUCUUAUGACCGACCCAACCUCCCCAGACGCGUCCUCUUGGUACCAAGACGUGGAAACCACCAAGGCGCUCCUCACGCACCCAUCCCUCAGCAACAACCGUCUCGCGGCCCGGUGCCUCGACGUUAUCACUCGUCUCUGUUCUCCGAUCCCUCAGGCUGAGAGCCAGUCCCAGAUGCAGCCGCAAUACAUGAUGCAACCACCUGGCCAGUUGUUCAACGACGCGGGCGCUUUUGGUUUGUUUCAGAAUGAAUUUGGAGGAGCUGGACCUGUCGGUAUUGGACCCCCUGGCGGAGCAGGGUUUAAUCUCGCCGAAUGGGUUGAUUUCCCGGGCCAGGAGAAUAUGACUUGA